ACGACGGUCUCUAUUCCCCAUCCCCACUCCUCUCUCUGUCUCCGAAACGCACGGACACUCUCAAUCCGCUGCCGUCCCUCCGCCGCUGCUUGAGUCUACUGCGAAGCUUGCCGCGGCCGCUCCCUCUCCUCCGACCCGGCCAUGGCCCUUCCAGCGCAUCUCGAGCUUGAACACGGGUCGCAUCACCCAUCAGCACAGAUCGAGGUCGCCCCCUGCCAGCAACUCCUCCGCUUCUGCUGCUUGAGCUCGCGAGCCGGAGCUCCAUUUGCUUGUGCAGGAGCAGAUCCACCACUGCUCCAAGGUCUCCUGCUUUCCAUCCUCCUCCUCGUUGCUCACACCGGCAUCCGCUGCUGCGCUGUAUAUCCCCAAGCCCGCUCCAACGCUCCGGUAAGCAGGGACGUCGUGGGAGAUUCACCUUCCCCAUCUCUCUCAAGCAGGUUAAGUAUGUUCUGCACUUUCAAUCAAUCCAUGGUCUCACUGCUGCCCAACACUGGACCGAUUUUCCUGCCGGGCUGCAAACUCGAUUUACAGUGCUGCAAUUCAUAUGAGUAUUGUGUUUCUUGCUGUUUGAAUCCUUCUAAGAUCAAGAAAGAAGAUGUGCUGAAGCUCAAGGAAGCUAAGCCAGUUACUGCUGGAACAUACACAAAUGUUUUCGAUUUCUGCAUGGGAAGAUGCCGCCAUAGCUCUGCAAGUGUGGUACACUGGUACUGGUUUUUCUUCCCUCUUAGAGUGCCGGCCAACAAAAGAAGAAUGUUGCAUGCUUAUUGUCACUGGAGAUCUACAGAAUAGUUGGUUGUGGAUUGGCCAGGAAACGCAAGGGCGAGGGCGACUCCAGGACCUGGCAAAACGCAGGAUUGACGGCUUCAAGGACGGUCGCAGGGCUGAGGUGGGCAACGCAGGUCGGGCUCGGGCGUCGGGCGAUGGCGUCGGGCGAGGGCGACCUGGCAACGCAGGUCGUGCGAGGGCGAGGCGCAGGUCGGCGAGGGCGUCGGGCUGCGGCGUCGGGGGCGAGGGCGACUCUCCAGACCAGGCAACGCGGGCGUCUGGCGUCGGGCGUCGAGGGCGAGGGGGACGGUGUCGGGGGCGAGGGCGAGGGUGACUCUCCAGUCCUGGCAACGCAGGUCGGCCGUCGGGCGAGGGUGACAGCGUCGGCGAGGGCGAGGGCGGCGGGGGCGAGGGCGAUGGCGAGGGCGACUCGACGUCGGGCGAGGGCAAGGUCCUAGGACGGCGAGGAUGGUCGAGGGUGAGGUCGGGCGAGGGAGACGUCCCAGGAUGGUUGACGGCGAGGGAGACGUUCCAGGGAGCGUGCGAUUCUUUCCUUUAGAGCGUGCGAUUAUUCUUUUUCAAUUUUGACCCUUCCACCUCCUAGCACGGGUAGAAGGAUCGCACACCUAGGGGAGGGGGGAGCGACUCAAAAAAAGUCGCAGGUGGUCUUACUUUUGUUCUUUUUAGUUGUAGGAGAUUAUCCAAACUAAUGCUAUGAUGGCAUCUAAAAAAAAUAAAUCAAAAAAGUAAAAUUAAUUAUAAAACUUAAAAAAAUCAACUGACAAAAAAAACACAUAUUCACUGUCUCGUGGAGAUCGGUCAUUUCUCGCUUAGGAAAAAAAGACGAGCCAAGAAAGAUCUUAAAGUUCAUCAACAUAUUAUAAUCAUUGUAUAUAUUAAUUCUCUCAAAAUUGAUUAAAAUAAUAACGAUAGCCCUUAUUACCUCAAUAUCUCCAUGCUAAAUAAGACCAUGCAUUGUUGUGUGUGCAAAGAUAUUAAUGGACAUAAGAAAUAAGAAACUCAAAAAAUAAAUAAGAAAAGCGAACUCUUCAGAAGGAUUAGGAAGCUACAACCAGGUAUAUUUUGAUACUUUUGUUUUGUGACUAAAAGAAAGGCUAAGUAGAAUUUCUCAUAAAGCUCCUCGAGUUUCAGAUGAGCAUGGAGUCACCAUCAAUUAAGAGAGAGGUGCAGUGUCAAAUACAAUGUGGCUAAACAUGUUGUAUUCUUGUGCUUCAAGAAAUUGCAUAACCUGAGUGACACGCAAAAUAGAGGUGACAAACUACAAUAAAAAUUCAGAAGAAUGGAAGCAGGGAUACCGCUCUCUAUGCACAUGUAUUCUUACCUUAGAAAUUGCAAUUGCUUCAUCUAGGCAAGGUGAUGGUCUGUCCAACAAUUUCCCUAAUGUCAACUCUUGAAGAUUUACUGAAAGAUAGCAUCAGCCAAAUACUAAACUAAACUAGGACAAAAUGUUUUACACUGAUCUUUUUUUUAUCAAAUAUACCUGUAUUAACAGAGUUAAGGAUACCGUUCAUAGACACGUACACAUACAGGUACAUUCGAGAAGGAUAUAGAAGACAGCUGCACCGACCAUUUUACAAAGAGAUCUCUAAGGAAUAAAACAAUACAAAUAAAGCUCUAAAUCCUCUGUCGGUCAAAUCCUCCCGACUUCGUUGCCGCCCAAAGAGGUCCCUAAGGAAUAAAACAAUACAAAUAAAGCUCUAAAUCCUCUGUCGGUCAAAUCCUCCAGACUUUGUUGCCGCCGGCCGUAGCCGGAGGUCCUUAGACACGAACCCCAGGUCGGAAGAAGCCCCAUCGCCGCAAAGCUUUGGAAGUAGCCGCAGUAUACACUCACAUCAAAGAGCGAGAUGAAGCAAACACUAAAAUAGCAUCGGGCAGGGGCGCACCCCGAGCUCCCUUGGCCAUGGACACGGACUCGCUAUCAACGACAGAAGCCGCCACGGAAAGCUCGAGCCUUGUCCACUCUCCAACCAUCUGCAUAACCCAAAACGCUGCCUCUUUAUCGUCGAACCAAGAUGCCAGAAGACGCACUUCAAGACGAUGCGCCGCCAUGUGAAGACUCCUAAGCAGGUCUUUGUGACCUCUCUGUUGAUGCUGGAGCUGAGCAUCACUAGGGUGAGGAAGAGGCCGAAAGAGCUUAUUCCCCUACGCCGUCGUCGCCUCCGCCUCGUCGAUGCCGCUAGGAAGCAAGCUGACGAGGAUUGACAUCCCCCUAGCAAAACCCAGCUCCACCGACAACAAAUGACGACGAGCAAAACCUAGAUCUAGAUAGGUAACUAGCUAACCUAUGUACAUUUGCACGUCAAUUAUCCGAUCCAUCUCCAUCUCCAUCUCCGGUAAUUAGGUAAUUGUUGAUUUGAGAUGGAUCGGGUAAAUCGACACAUCAUCAGGUAGUAGGGUUUACUUGAUCGGCACGACAGCGGUCCGCAGGUUUCAAAUGGUGUUUUUUAUUCGGUGAUGAUUACAAGCUUAGAUCAUGGUUGGAUGAGUCUUGAAGCACGGUCCCUGGUAGCAAGGCGUGAGAUCAAGGGCAUAGGGGUGAUAAUCCUUGCAUCACACGUCAAAGCUUGGUCCUUGGAUAGAUUUUAAUGUUUUAUUAGCUCUUAAUUUUAAUGGAGAUAAAUUCUUGUAUGUGUUUUUCUGGGUAUACAAUGGUUAGAGGCUCUAAGCGGAGGACAUUUUCUGGGUGACCUAGUAUAAUUUUGAGUGAUCCAUUAUAGUAGAGAUAGAUAUGAGUUUAACUAAAUUUACAUAAAAAAUAUCAAUAUUUAUUAUAUUACAUAGUUAAAUCUUGGUGGUUGAACCUCCUGAAUCAUAUGGCCCAUAUGUGCUUGUCAUUGUCCUUUAGACUUCUGAUGGCGGCACAUGGAAGCUAGACAACUUCAAAAGUCAAGUAAACUAGGCCUGAGUACCAACGCUACUUAAUUUUUCUUGCUCAAUGAAAUAUACCCAGAAACGAAAAGAACGAAAGACUAGACUAUACACUAAUAUACCAUGCCAGAAAAACGGAGUAGCAUAUCUUUGUAGUCCAUGUCUUUUUUUUGGGGGGUAAUCUAAAACUUGUGAAAUCUAAAUCGACUAAUUUCAAGAAUUGUAAACAGCACAAGACUUGACCGUUUUUCUUUGUACUAAUGGUGAACAUCUCUCUUGGUGCUAUCCUGGUGCCAGCAGGCCGGAUUGGGGGGUAAAAGAGAGAGUGGGUAUCUGGGCCUCCCUGGAGCAGUUUUGUCCAGAUCACACAACAGUAAAACGGAAUGCAGGUGAAGCAAAGCAAAGCCAAAUGGUUCAUUCAUUCGGUAGGAGAAAGGAGAUGAGAUCUCAUCUCAUACAGAGUUCAUUCAGAGUACAGACAUAAGACAUGCAGCAGCUUAUGGCCCGGCCCUUCUCCUGACUCUGUCACUCCCCUUGCUCGAAAACGGGCUGACAAAUGUUGGAACACUAGCCAUACAGAUACAGUGACUGACAGUCUGACGAAAACACCACUCCACUCGGAAGUCCGCGAUGCAUCGCUAUCGCACCCGG